AUGAUGGAGCAGAAACGUCAAGAGGCUGCUGCAAAUGGCGAUGCUAAUCCGUACGGACAAGCUCUACCUGGUCACGGCAUGAACGGGCUUGGAAUUAAUCAGAGCAUGAACGGCCACAUGCAUGCGCCUGCUCUAAAUGGCCUUGGCCAACCCGGAAUGAAUGGUCUCAAUGGAAGCUUAAGUGGACAACCCGUGAACGGAGGUUAUGGUCUCAAUGGCUAUGCUUCACAGAAUGGGCCCAGCUACCAAGGCCAAAGCCCGCUUAGCGGCGGAUCCACAUACCAAAAUGGCCUCUAUCCUCAAAAUGGCCCUAGUGCUCCAAACAGCCUCAAUGGCUACCUAUAUCCGCACAACGCCCCUGCUGCGCCCAGUGCUCCUAACAACUUCAAUGGCUAUGGGCUUAAUUUUCAAAACGGCCAGAACGCCUUGAACGGCGCCUGGGACCAUAAACCCAUACGGCUUCCUACUCCUGUGAACCGUCCCGAAGCCACAUCGUCAGCAACUGCCUCUUCCACGACGGAGCCACCGGAACACGACGAUCCGCCGCUUGACGGUCUAGCCUUCUACGACCAGCUGGACCUCACGCUUCUAGCGGCGGAUUUGAACAAUCUUGUGCUGGACAUGAUCUACGACGUCAACUACGAGCCCAAAACGGAUCUGGAGCUGCAGCCGACGCCGCCAACUCCAACUUCGGAAGACAACGAGGGCAACUACUACGACUACAUACCGAGAAACUUGCCGCUCGGGUACAUAGAGGUGAGGAAGCAUACGGAAAAGGCGUUUUUGCACGAGUUCUACCGUGAGUUCGCAAACAUCAUCUUGCCCUUCAACGCAUACGAUGCCUCGGCCAGGUCCUUCUUUAAUCCUGCCAGAGACAUUUUGCUCAAGUGUGCUCACAAGGAACCUUUCCUUUUGGCGGCUGUUUUGGCUCAAGGUGCCAGGUCUGUCUUCUCCAAGCUGGCAAAUCCAGACGAUGAACAGGCCUACUACUCGUACCUCCUGCGUUGUCUCAAGCUCCUCGGACCGGCUCUUGGGGAUGCUGGGAAAAACGGCUUGGCCUUGGUGUCCAACAUCGAGGCGGUGCUUUUAACGGUGCUUCUUUUGACGUCUUCCAACGCUGUCAAUGCCAAACAAAACUGGAGACCACACCUUCGGGGCGCCAAAGACCUUCUUUUGAAACACAACAAAAACCGCCCCCUCACACGCAAGCUGAAGGUGUUGAUCUUCUGCAAGUACUGGUUUGUCUCGUUUGAGAUUUUGGCUGGUUUAGGCCUGAAACUCGGCGGCACAGUCCACGUUGAUGAGGAGCUUGAUCUUUUGCUCAACUACGCUGAUCCAUACGAGGUUCAGGUGCUCACAGAGCUCGGCUUGAUUUUGCCUAAUGGCUUCAACCUCAUCGGUGGUUACCACAACGACUGUGUGCCUCAUUUGAGAGACCUCAUCAAGCUUCUCAAUAGGGGCCGCAAGAAGAGCCUAGACGGAGUUUCAACUACCGAUCUGAGCCCUGGUGCUGUCUCUGGUGCUGGCAAGAUUCCUGACAUCUCAAUCCAGUCGACCGAGUGCAUUCGUCUUUUGGGUGAGUUUGAGAGAGAACGCAACAAGGCUUUCUUUUCAUCCACCACCGUGAUGUCUCCAGACGACUUCCCCAACGGCGUGAUCCCUCAAAAUUACCUUCUCGACUCAGCUACCGUUGAAGGCACCAGAAAAAUCGUCAGCUGGCUGGACAUCUCCCAACAAGCCUAUUGUUUGGCAGCUCUCAUCACCAUCUUGACUGACUUUCUUGGUGUAGCUCACAAUCUGAUUCCCGUGCAAGAGUUGACAAACAAGCUUCUUGAUCUCGUGUCGUUCGUUGAGUCACCUAACGGAGAACCUGUGCUUUUCAAGUACGCCCCUCUUAUGGUGCAAUGGCCUGUGCUGGUCGCUGGGCUUAAUGUGGUGAAAGCAGAGGAUGUCAAGGCAGUGGAGAAGUUCUUCAGCGUGGCUUCUGAGGUUGGAUCAGGAUCUGCCGGGCAUUCGUUGAAGACGAUCCACAGACACUGGAAGAGACGGGAGUUUGCCUUCGACGACAGUGAGGAAGAGCAUGUUGAUGUUGUCAACUACUGA